CACGUGCGAUUUAAUCUCUAAAAGACGCCCACCCCGUGCCUCUUCUUUCGUCGUUUUUUCUGGCAAGAUUCGCUCAGAGGUUCGUUGGCGGAGUCUGCUCUGAUCUAUAGGAUGACGACUCACUCACCGGAUCUCCAGUGGUUGCUGAUCAAGAACACGUCCAGUUUCCUGGUCCGCCGCAAGUACGCCAAGGCCAACACCUUCACAACUGAGCCCAACAACCUCACCGGCAUAAACGCGUGGAAGUACAAUGGGCUAGUGAAUAAAAAGGCUGUGGGUAUCACUGCUGGUCCGGAUAACAAGGGUAUAGUUCUGAGGACGAGGAGGAAGCGUGGAGGGACCCGGCGACCUGCCAAGAUGUUCUCCGAUGUCGUGAUGGUUGGCGACAGGAGACGCACGUUCCGGGCCAUCAGGAAGAACCUGGGCGGGAACUGCUACCGUCGAGAUCUGGUUGAGGUCAGGUGACUCUGUGGUGUAUGAGGCUCGAUGAUGAAAACUCUUGACUGAGGCUGUGUUUUGGAGCUCCGCGGGAGGACCACACCUCUUUUCUCUUUCUGUGCUUUCUUUGUCUUUUUCUGCCUCAUUCCUUUCUCACUCUCUCUGCUUUGGUCUCUUCCUCGAGCUCUGCAAUGAUGGCAAAGAUUAUGAGAGCUGAGAGCCUGGUUCAUGUUGUAUUGUGUGUGUCUCUGUGAGGGUUGUUUGUAGCUCUGUGUGCUUCUUCUCCCAGGUUGCUGUCAGGAAGGCCAGUGCUAUUCUUGCCAGCCAGCGACCGCGAAGAUUGGCCAAGAAACACAAAUGAGGACAAAACUUGUUUUUAGUGGCCACUGUAAAACAUGUGUAUAUAAUAUGGACGACGUAACAA